UAAUGCAACCCAAAAUCCUGUUGGGAGCUACUGCCUCUUCCCUUGCAGAAGCUAUACAUAUCACAUAGUCCUGUGCUCUCUUAACCAUACUACAGCAGUUUUGUACUAGCGUGUUGUUCAAUUUCAGUUUGGGCAUGGAAUCCUUAAAGUGAUGCUCUGCUUUAAUCACCCUUUCUCUUCUGAUGACAAAUAACUAUGUUUCUUAUUCUAUGUCUUAGGUUUUUAACAGGGAAGAAUAAAAAUGUCUGAGGAAAAAAGUCUACUGCCUUCGUCUAAUUUUAUGGAAGAAGAAUCAGAACUGUUUCCUGAAAAAUACUCCAACCUUUCUGAAAAUGUCAAAUUGCAGUGCAGAGACUUGGAAGAGAAGCUGAAAACGUUUAUGAAGGAGCUGGAGGAGGUCCAGGCAACAUUGCCAAUAUCUGUAAAGGAAUGUGUUAAAGAACUUCGCAGCAUUGCAGAUGGUAUUGAUCUAUUUCACAGAAAUGCCAUCAUAGCCGGCGUUGUUGGAAGCUCAGUUGGGAUUGCGGGUGGAAUCACCACCAUUGUGGGCCUGGCUUUGGCUCCUGUUACCUUUGGAGCAUCUCUGAUUGUGACCUUGGUUGGUGGGGGAGUCGCUACUGCUGGAGGAAUCACUGGGGCUGCAUCUUCUAUUGCUGAUAGUGCUAAUAUACGUAUGAAAGGCAAGAGAGUAGAAGAGAUUAUACAGACAAUCCAGGUGGACAUAGCACACUUGGAAGAACUUCUGAAAUCAAUUAAUGCUCACAUUGAGGACAUGAAAAGGCUGGUAGGUUUGCAAAAUGUUGAUAUUACAAGGGCUGGUGCAAUAGGAGUCUUUGCAGCAGUAGAGAUAACAAGUCUGGCUCAGCUGGCCAAUGUAUCAGCUAUUGCUACAAAAGCAGCCCAUGUAGCAGCAUGGGGAGCCAAGGCAGCAGCAGCCGUAUCUGGGGUCAUAGUCGCACUCUUUAUGUUUGUUGACAUUGCAAUUGUUGCAAAGGGAGCAAAAGAUCUGAAAGAAGGGGCUAAAGUUGAGCAAGCUAAAAAAAUCCGAGCUGUUGCUGAUGAGCUGGAGACUGAGUUUGAAAAGCUGCAAGCUGCUGCACUUGAAGUGGAUUUUCAUUCAUGUGCUACAAUAAAGGAUCUUCAGCUCUGAUGUAACAUUUGAAACACAUAUGAUAUUAUGUAUCAAGCUGUAUACAUACAAAAAUAUACAAAUAUAUACAGUAGAAGGCAAGAUAUUUACCAAGCUCAAUCUUAGGUAGGGUGGGAAUUAACCAACUGUAGGACUGGCCAGACAUGGGGAAAUCGAUGGAGUUUGCAAGCAUGACUAUAUCCCAAUAUAUAGACAAACAAUCGCUGUUUUCACAUGAAUUACAUACAUAUAACAUACACAGUUACAUACAUAAUAACCAGUACCAGAACAAAAGGUGAGGAAGGCCCUGUGCAAAAGAGCUUACAAUCUAAAAAGGGAAGGGAAUGAGACACAAGUUGUGGGAAUGGGCAAGACCAGAAAUUAACAGGUGAGAGAUGUAGCAUAUGAUGUUGCAUUUGGUAGCUUAACAGAGUGAGGGUAGACUUCUC